CAGGCACUUGGCUUCUUGUGGUAUUCUGAUGACCAGAAUUUCUCCUUUGAAAGUACCUGUCAUGAGCCAUACCUUUUCAAGAACUUUCUUCAACAUUGCUGCUCCACUAGUAAAUAAAAGAAAAGAAUAUUCUGAAAGAAGAAUUAUAGGGUAUUCUAUGCAGGAAAUGUAUGAAGUUGUUGCUGUUGUGGAGAAUUACAAACUAUUUGUUCCUUGGUGUAAGAAGUCGGAUGUAUUAUCAAAGCGCUCUGGGUACUGCAAAGCACAGCUAGAAAUUGGAUUCCCUCCUGUAGUAGAGAGGUAUACGUCGGUCGUUACACUUGUGAGACCACAUUUAGUUAAGGCAUCCUGCACAGAUGGAAAACUAUUUAAUCACUUGGAAACAGUGUGGCGUUUCAGCCCAGGUAUCCCUGGUUAUCCAAGGACAUGUACGUUGGAUUUUUCAGUUUCUUUUGAAUUUCGUUCACUUCUACACUCAAAACUUGCUACACUAUUUUUUGAUGAAGUGGUAAAGCAGAUGGUAGCAGCCUUUGAAAGAAGAGCAUCCAAACUCCACGGCCCAGAAACAAGCAUACCUCGGGAGCUAAUGCUUCAUGAAGUUCAUCACACAUAAAAGGGAAAAUUAUAACCACCUCCAUGAUAAACUUGUUUGUAAACGUCGUUUGUACAAGAGGUGCCUUGCUCCUCCUUUGGGGCAUUUAUUUCAUAGCUGAGCUUUGUGUGUCAUUUUAUACUGUACAAAACACACCUCUUCAGCCAGAUGUACAUA